GCGUCCGUUCAAAUUAAAUUGAAAAUAUCCGUUACUGUACGCAUUGUGACAUUCUCUCAUUCUUUGCAGUGCUGAUUUAUCUUUAAAGGUGUGAAUUCUUAAUUAAAGUAGUGUAAUAUACGACUUGAUCAAAGAAUUAUAUAUUAAGAUGAGUCCGUCUUAUCCUACGCCACAGUCUAAAGCCACGAACUCUUGUAUGGAUAAGCUUCAUUAUAUUAUGUUACUUGCCCCAUUCCAACCAGCAACAAGGAUUGAACUGGAGACUAACGUAAACACGAGUGCAGAGUGUUAUUUAGAUAUAAAAAAUACUGGUGAAAAAACAUUAAAUGUAACUAUAACAAAAAUGCCAGCUGCAGAACGUCAGAUUGCCCUAAGUUUAUCUGAAUUAGAAGUUCAAGGAAAAAGCAAUGGCACGAUAUGUAUCAAGUGGUCCCCAAAAGAAGCAGGAAACUGGCGAGAUGUGUUGCAACUUACAGAUAGUAGACGAAUUAAAUAUGAUAUUGUUAUAGCAACAACUGCUAAAGAUAAUAAGAAAAACUGUAAGACAAAGAAGAGAUUACCAAAAUCCUAUUCAUCAUUAUUGAAGACGUCGAAUUUUUCCGUGUUGACAACAAACAAACAAUUCAACCAAAAUAAUACAUUAAAAAUUCCAACUAUUAGUCAACCUUUGAUUCCUAGUCUUGAUGCACAAGCAAAACAAUGUAAAUUAGGACGUGAAGACAAUUUAAACAAAGAGAAUAUCUUUAAUAGUUGUAAUGAAACAGAGACUUCUUAUACAAUGAGAGGAAAGGAUGAAAGAAUCAAUGGGACUUAUCAUAAUCAUGGUAAAUCAGAUAAUAUCAUGUUUGAGCAAAACAUGAAUGUAUGGAACAAUGAAAGUAUUCUGCCGCAAGCCUUGUUUCCUACAAAUGAACCACAGGACAUACGUAGAAUCACAUAUGUCAAGGAAAGAAAACCUUGCAGUAAUGUAUCGCAUGAAUGGAAUGGAAUCACUGAAGAUACAGACUGUGACAAUGAAAAAGUCCAUUCUGAGAUUUCUGUAUUGCUGAAUAAAUUUACUUUUACACCUGCAGAUGUAAUUUCGAGUUCUCCAGAAUCAGUGAAAAGAGAAUUGGCAGAAUCCGCAAGUUUCUCGCAGAGCGCGGAUAAUCAUAGAACGUUCGAUAUUAGUCGCAGUCAUUUAUUUGAAACAUCUGCAACUUAUGAUACAAAAACUCUUAUCAAUGUACCAUCGCAACCAGUAGGUUUGCACAACUUGUCACCGAUUAAGUCUGAUAGAUGCUCUCUGAUACCUAAUAUUAAGGAUUUAAUUGCAUCGUCGCCGAUAGCUCAACAUCCCGAUAUGUCAAAAAAUUCUAAUGAAUACUUGAAGCGUAUAAAGGUAAAGCCGAGUGUCCAAGUAACCAAUCGUGAAUAUUUAAGUUUUGACAUUAUUUCCGAGAAUAUUGAGACCACUAAGAAGAUAGGGGACGUGUAUAUUGAGAUUUCUCCACCAAGGAAGCACUUCCACUCUAAAAUGGUAUCUAUGCCAGUACCAAAACUGAAUAGCACAAGAACUGGUAGAAUCACAAAGAACAAAACUUUGUGCGAAGGAGGAAGCUCAAAAAAGUUACAACUGAAUAUACCUGUUACAAAAAGAAAUACAAAGAAUGUAGCAGCAAUCAAGGUCAACAAGUUGUCUCUCAGUGGCUUGAGUAAGACAAAAUGGCAUACUUCCAUGUUUAUUAGAGAAUCGAGCUUUAGAAUGCAAAAUGAAGAAUCUUUCAUGUACGAAGCAUUUGAAUUAGAUCCCUUUGCGCCAUCAACAACAGAGGAUCCAUUUCUUAAAAACAUAGUGCACUAUGAUGAGCAAUGGCUACUGCAGCAAGAAUUGGCAUUCACAAAAUGGUUGAAUGCUCUGUUAUCUUCGCCAGAGGAUUUAUCCGUUGACAUUGAAACUGCUGUAACAGAUAUUGGCAAGGUAUGGCAGUCGUGCAAAGCACAAAAGAACACUGUACUGGCUGAAACUAAAGAGGCUGUAUCUGCAAGAUAUCACACUAGUACCAGAUUGAACACUCUACGAAAAGCUGCAAGUGCUAUGUUUAAUGGCAAGGAAAUCACACAAGUUCUCUCAGGCAUUAACACAUAUAUUAUUAAAGGAACUUUAUGCAUCAGAUCAGAUCGUAAUUUACAUCGUGACAUUGGCUUGCAGAAACUCAUAUUGGCUUUAUUUCUGGAUUAUAAUCCCCUGUGGCUGCGUAUCGGCUUGGAAACUGUCUAUAAUGAGAGUAUUCCUCUCCGCUCGAACAAUGAUAUUGUUGGCCUAACUCGCUUCCUAUUAACGAGAUUCUUCUCGGAUCCGCAACUGAUUAAAAUGCCUGGUUACCACAAAACCGAUCCGAGCCCAAAAAUCAUCACGAAGUUGAACCAGUUUAUUCUGAAAAAGUUCUUGUAUCUGAUAUAUUUUUUGGAUUAUGCGAAGCAGCACAACUUGAUCGGUCAUGACCCGUGCCUAUUUCACAAACGCGCCCAGCACAAAGAGAGUCGCGAAAUCUUGCUGAGCUUCUCGCGCGAGCUUUUGAGCGGUAUCGGUGAUGUGACGAAAGUAUUGCGCGGUCAUUACUACAUACUUACCCAUCGACAGACUUCCAUCGAGGAGUACGAUUAUGCGAUGACGGAUAUACGACGCAAUCUGCGCGAUGGCGUGCGAUUAUGCCGCGUUAUGGAGCUUAUCACCGGUAUCAAAGGAUUGACUCAACGUUGCCGCGUGCCGGCGAUAUCGCGUCUGCAGAAAGUACACAACGUGGAUGUAGCAUUGAACGCUUUACGCCAGGUUGGUUACAUUCUUGAAGGCGAUAUAGAUGCAAAGAGCAUCGCCGACGGCCACUGUGAGAAGACUCUAUCGCUUCUAUGGCAGAUUAUUCACAAGUAUCAGGCGCCGCGGUUUGAUCGGGCUGCUCGCGUGAUCCAGAGAUGGUGGCGAGCACAACUUUGGUAUAUUUGCGUGAGAAACUUCCUGCGCGCACGUAGAAAUCUCGCCGCGAUCAUAAUCCAACGUGCAUGGAAACGUAAGACAACACUAUCCUGGCACAUACUGCCAGGAAGCGAAACUCUCUGCGAUUUGGAGGAACGCAGAUGGUACUUGCGAAUCAGAACAGCCACGAUAUGUCUUCAGAAAUGGUGGAGACAUGUGCGAGAAACCAGAAAAGAGAAGCUGCGAGAGUUGAAGAAUAGACGCGAAGCGGUGAUCCGAUUGCAGAGGAGAUGGAGAACCGUGUUAUUGAUGAGAACGCAGCGAGAUCAGUAUCGCAAUCUUAGGAACGCCGCAUUGAUGAUACAAACGCGGUGGAGAGCAAGACGAGCGAUGAAACUGCAACGUUCCAAAUAUCUCGCGUGUAGAGAUGCCGCUAUAAAAGUACAAUAUUUCUGGAGAUCCGUGAAGAUCGCGCGGAAACAGCGCGAAUGGUUCCUUCACAGAAGAGAGAGUGCUCGUAUCAUUCAGAUUUGGUGGAGACAAUGGUUAUUAACGCAAAAAACGCGAAAUGAUUUCCUGCGGACAAGAACUGCCAUAUGGAGCAUCGAGAGAUGGUGGAUAAGCGUGCUCGAUAGAAAAAAGUUUCUUUUGCGUCGAAAGAGUGCUGUUCUUAUUCAGAAAACGUGGAGAAAGUACCGAACGCACAAGCAAGAAGUCGCCUGUCUGAAGAUACAAACGUGGUGGAGAACGAUUAUGUGUUUGCGUAGGUAUAAGCUUAAAAAAUCUUGCUGCAUAAAAUUGCAACGCUGGUGGCGCGUAAUCAAGCUUAUAAGACAUCAACGCGCAGAAUUCUUGCAACUGCGGAAAGCGGCAUUGAUCGCGCAAAAGAAUUGGCGAGCGAAAAUAGUCAGAAGACAUUAUCUGAAGCAACGGCAGGCAGCUUUACUGAUACAAUCGUGGUAUCGUUGUGUUAAUUCAAUGAAACUUAUUCGACGACGUUACCUGAAGAUGAGAGACGCCGCGCUACGAAUAAAGAAUUGGUGGCGCAACGUUGCGGUAGCUCGCCAGGAACGCAAAAGAUAUCUGCGACUUCGCAAGGCUACCAUUCUUCUGCAAACUCACUGGCGUCAAUGUGUCCUGGCUCGUGCGGAUCGUCAGCGAUACUUGACAAAGAAGAAGGCAUGCGUCACUCUACAAUCCUGGUGGCGAAUGAUUAAAGCGAAGAGCGAGUAUAAACGAUAUAAAAUCUGCGUGUUGAAAGUACAAAGAAGAUGGCGUGCGAUAAGAGUUGCUCGUUCCACGAGAAGAGAGUAUCUGCUGACUCGAGCAGCCAUUGUCUUGCAGUCACGUUGGAGAGCUUUAACGACGAGAAGACAGUUCGUCGCUUCGCGCCGGGCUGCGAUAAUCAUUCAAUCGUAUUACAGAAUGAGAAUCGCAGUACGGAGAUAUGAGAUUGUCAAGUAUGCCGCGUUGAUUAUCCAGACCUAUUGGCGAGCCUGCAUCACAGGCAGACACGAGAGGCUGCGUUACUUGUCUCUGCGUCGCACAGUUAUCACGCUGCAGCGUCGUUAUAGGCAGAGGAGAGUCGAACACGAGGAGUCACGCCGGCAAUGGCAAGAGGACAUCGCCACGAAGAUUCGAAACGAGUGCGGAGAAGCUAUGCAGAUGGAUCUUCAAGAUGUUACCACAAGGCUCGCAAUUCCAGACAGCGAUUACUGGAAAGAGAUGAUCAACAAUUUACGCGACUGUAACAACGUCGGGACGCUGAUCACUUGUUUGAGUAGCUUAGAUACUAUAACGAAAUUAUCACCGACCGUUUGCAUCAUCCUCUGCGAGCUGAAUCUGGCCGAUGACAUUUACAAUAUAAUAGCGCAGAACAACAGAUCAGUGCCAUGGAUGAAAGUCUGUUUGCGAGCGUGCAGCAUCCUGAUCACUCUAACGAAGCAUGACUACACAAGAAAAUACACCAUCAAAACCAAAUACGCAUUGGCGUUAAUGAAGCUUCUGAAUGGAUCAUUGAAAAAUAAAGAGGUAUUCCUGUGUUGUGCCACACUAAUAUGGCUGCUUAACCAGGAUGAAGAUUAUUCGAAGGCCAUGAUGGCAUGUCCACAAAUAAAUUGGUUGAUAAAAAACAUUCAACAAAAGAUCUUGAAGGAUGACGUAGUAACAAAACUUCAAAAAUCAAAAGAUAUAGAGAAAUUAUAUCCCAAUUGUGAUCCUGAUCGAAAUAACACACAGAAACCACGACUUUUCAGUGAUAUGAGUUUCGCCGUUGCAGCUAUUGUCAAAAAAAUUUAAAUGAUAUUAAUUCAUAAAAAAGUGCUACUCACAAAUAAAAUUAAUUAAUAAUAAUAAUUAUAAUAAUAAUAAUGCCGAGAUGACGAUGACAAUGAUAAUGAUAGUAAUAACGGUGACAAUGACAAUGGUGUGAUGAUGAU